GAUCCUGUGUAACACGACAUUAAAGAGCCCGAGCGAUUGUAGGAAAGCCGUGACACACAUAAGGCAAGGUUGGAGCAUUUAGCAACAUGAAGGUCAUUCUGGCAGCAACGUUUCUCUUAGUUGGGCUGGGUUUUGCUGAAAAGGCAUCCCGGAACGUGAUACAGUUCGGGUCCAUGAUCUCUCACGUCACCGGGCGGAGCGCGCUCGACUACCUGGAGUACGGCUGCUACUGCGGCUUGGGCGGCUCUGGCACACCGAUAGACCCGAUAGACUGGUGUUGUAAAGUACACGACGCCUGCUAUGAGGCGGUGUACGGAGUGGGUCUGGCGCACGUGGUCACUUACUCAUGGACUGGAGUGACUGGAGGAUACGUCACGUGUAACAACGACUUUGGGACCGUGGCCCGGGAUGCGUGCGAGUGUGACCGCGAGGCGACCUACUGCUUCAAGAGGUACCCGUAUCCUGGGAGGCAGCCUUGCUGAGGAAACUCCAACACAAGAUGCACGGAAUAGGCACAGGCGUUCCUGAAAUGUGUCUACCGUAGAGAAGAAGAAUUCUCGCGAGUUUAGUAUGUGUACUUUGACUGGAGCACAGAUAUAUUGUAGUAAUCAUUUGUAGAUACCACAACAAUAAAUGAUUAUCGAUUCA